UAAGUGAAGAUGUUCAUGUUGUAUGCAUGAAGCUGAGACAGCACACCUAAGAUAAUGUGAUUUUAUCUUUUACACACAGUCAAGAUGUGUAGGAGGAGGAUGCAUCCAGUGAUUGCCAAAAAACCUGCUGUUUCUACGUAUUUACCAAUACUCGCGUGAUUUUUACACAUUUAAGCUGAUUUUGGUUAGAUCUAAGUUUCAAAUUUUUGAAGAUUUCUGGAUUUGCAUGAUCUGUGAUUUUGGAAUUCAUUGGUUCAUUAGGAAAAGUGAGGUUAAUUAUAAUAAGAACAUUGGAAGUCAUGAUAUUUGUAUCCAUGACAUAUUUUGGUGUUGACCCAUUCAACUAAUACAGGUGAUAUCGACAUUUUUGUUUUAACUAUUAAAUGACAUCCUAGUUCAGGAGAAAAAAACAGGUGUGGGUAUAGUAAGGCCUAAAAGGAAUAAAAGGUACAUUUUCCAAAACUCAAACAGAACAGUUUUAGAAAUGGAUUUUUUGUGGAUUUCUAUAAAUCAUGAUAGAUAAACAAAAAAAUCGACCUGAAAUUGAAUACGUUUUGAUAGGGAAAAAAACUAGCUGCAUAAUUUUAGGAUAGAAAAAUAAAAAGAACCAUUGGAGAAUAAAAUAAUUUAUUGUAAAGAUGUGUGAACGAUAUUUGUUUUUGAUCAAUUUCUAGUGUCGACAAAGAAAAAGAAUGAAUUUGUUAACAACACCUAUGAGUGAAUACACAUUGUGUGUACUUUAGUCCCAAAAGUCAUUAGGAGAAGAGAUCUUGAACGGAAGCUACAGUAAUGUUUUUUCUUUUGAGAAAGGAAAUAUAACAAGAUAAGAUUUAUAACGAUAAUAUUUUGUUAAUCAAAGGAAAACAAAUUAUAAUUGGAUAGAAUUACUUUGGAGUGCUUUAACUUGGUGUUUAACGUAUCAACAGGAAGAUUUUAUAACUUGAGAUUUAACUUAUUAGGGUAUCGAAAAUGAAGGAAAAUUUCAGAAGUACUGGCGAUUCUCAAUAUUUUCAUUCAGGAAUUUUUAUAUCUGGAUUUGGAAUUUAAAUGGCAUCUUUGUGUUCAAUAGAAAUUCUAAGUUUUGAAAGAAGAAACAAAACUUGACAUGCAGCAGAAUCAUGCUCCAGUGCAAUAUGUUUACUCUAAAGUCGCUAUCUAUCAUAAUUGUCGAAUCGAAUUGAAAUGGAAUCGAUCACUUCAUCAUUGUAAAAGUUGUGAAUUUAAUACCUUGAAAAACUGUUCUUUCAACUGUGGUGCUAUACAUUAUGGGAAAUGUACUCCAGUGGUUGUGCCAUUCAUACAGAGUUAUCGUAGGCGGAAAUCUGGACAGGGAACCAUACCGGUGGCUAAAGUUAUACCCACCCGGUUAAUAAAACCAGAACCAGAGGCAGAAAUUAUUAAACCUGAUUUCGAUGAAACAGAUAACAAGACUAAUCUUACUGUUCAAACUGGAAAAGAUGUGAAAGAAAUUAUUAAGAAAGACAAUGAAUUAAUAAAGGAGAGAGACAAGGAAAAUAAGGAGUUAUCUCCCUCUUUGACUACAGCAACAUCUACAAUCACAACAGUCACAGAUACAUCAAAAGACACAAAACGACAUGAUGCUGGCAAAACUUUACAAAAUGUUAAUAUUCCUAAAUUUUAUUAUCCAUAUGGAAAACCAAUUAACAAAGAAGAGACAGAAAAAAUAUUGGACAAAGUGUCAAAAGAAUUCUCUAAGUUAGAGGGUGGAAAAGCCUUUCUACAUAAUUUUGGACCAAUUACUAAGGUCAUUAAUCUACCUCUGUACUGGAAGAGUUUGUUAUAUACGGCUUCAGGAGGGAACAAAAAUGGUUAUGUUACUUUCCAAAUGUUUGCUGCCAUGUGGAGAAAAGUAUUUUCUGUUUGCCACGAUGCUGCUUCUCGGUUUGUAAAGUUACUAACAGUACACAGUCCACAGGGCAGAGAUUAUGUAGAUGAAUCAGAUUUAAUACCUUUAGUUCAGGAUAUUGUAGAAACACAUCCGGGGUUAACCUUUCUACAAGAAGCUCCAGAGUUCCAUUCUAGAUAUGUAAACACUGUGAUAGCCAGGAUAUUAUAUUGUGUAAAUAGAAGUUGGUCAGGGAAAAUAACAGUAACAGAACUUAGAAAAAGUAACUUUUUAUCUACAUUAGCUUUAUUAGAAGAAGAAGAUGAUAUAAAUCAAGUUAUGGACUUUUUUUCUUAUGAACAUUUUUAUGUGAUAUAUUGUAAAUUCUGGGAAUUAGAUAAAGAUCAUGAUUUGUUAAUUGAUAAACAUGAUCUAGCUCGCCACAAUGAUCAUGCUGUAAAUUCCAGAACAAUUGAAAGAAUAUUUUCUGGUGCUGUGAUAAAAGGUAAAAAUGCAUUAGAGGGGAAAAUGUCAUAUCCACAGUUUGUUUGUUUUUUGUUAUCAGAGGAAGAUAAAAGAAAUCCAACAAGUGUUGAAUAUUGGUUUAGAGUCAUGGACCUUGAUGGGGACGGUGUGAUAUCAAUGUAUGAAAUGGAAUAUUUUUAUGAAGAACAAAUGCAAAAAAUGGAAGCUUUAGGAAUAGAAAAGUUACCUUUUGAAGAUUGUUUAUGCCAGAUGUUAGAUUUAGUAAGACCUAAGGAUCAAGAAAGAAUAACUUUAGCUGAUCUCAAAAAUUGUAAAAUGACUCAUAUUUUUUUUGACACGUUCAUCAACCUUGAUAAAUUCCUUGAUCAUGAGCAGAGAGAUCCAUUUUCUAAUAUGAGGGAUGUUGACUCUGAUAUACCAGAGCCAAGUGACUGGGAGAGGUAUGCUGCAGAAGAAUAUGAGCUUCUAGUUGCUGAAGAAGGGGCAAAUGACCAAGAGGAAGUACAUUAUGAAGAUGACUUCGAACCAGACGAAGAUGAGAUAGUUAAUGAAGAGAACAAAUCUUCAGCUGUUACCGAGAGGGUAUCCCAGAAUUCCAGAGCACUCUCCCAAGAAGAUGAUAUCUAUGACUUCAGCACUGACAGUUUAGGAUACUAAAAUGAGUGAAACUGAGAAGCACGAACAAGAACAGUUCUGGAUAAUGAUUGUAUUGUUGUCCUGUAACAUCAUUGAUAAAUAUUGUAAUCGAUGACUUCACAAGUUUAAAUUACUUGUAUGGUAGAGAGAAAUGAUGAUAAUUAAAAUCUUUAUGCAAAGUAUUUAAUUUUGAGUCAUAGUCUGUUUUUAAUAUGUAUUUCAUAAGAUUUUUACUUGUUUCUCACUCAAAUAUUAUGUUUUGUGGAGCUUUUACAUAAACAUUUUUAUUAAAUAUCCUUGAAAAAAAAUCAUAUGGUACUAGCCACAUUUUUUGAGUUUCAUAAAAGCUAUUUUCACCAAAUUUUAUUUUCAUUUCAAAUUUUUGAAAAUUAAUACUAUGAAAACACUUAUAAGUGUCUAAAGGUUAUCUUUAAAUACACAAUAUUAGAUAAUGAAUACAUUUGUUUGGUCAGUGAUCGAGGAUAUAUGAAAGACCCAGUAUACAUAUUCAAUAUACAUAGAAGUGAUAAUGUUCUAACUAGUAACAUAAACUUACCUACAGAUGUAAAAAAAGGUUCAAUAAGGAUGCUCUGGUAGGAUUACUGUAGUGAUUACCCUAAAUAAUUUAAGCUGUUUAUGUUGGAAUCUCUGAUCUACAAAAUUCUCUGAUCAUAACUCAUUUUAGGUUUCCUAAAUUCUGAUUUACACUUUGCUGAUGUAACUAUUUUGAAAAUGUAAUAUUUUAAACAACAUUUGAUAAUGCACUUUUCUGCCAAAUUGAAGUGUAAUUUAUGUACAUGGAUGAGAGUCAUUAUAAUAUUGGUCCCCUAGGUCACACCCACUAAUUUGAAUAUUUGAGGGAGUGUUGUGCAGUACACAUUGCCAGAUGAAUUAUACAUUUUAUAUAUUUCAGUGUUAGUAUUUUAAGACUAUGCAAGUAAAGUUUUGAAUCAGCUCAUUCCAUGAAGAGAGUGUAUAUUAUUAUUUAUUAACCUUUCACUGCCAGGAUAUUGUUGUAUUGUUUGUUUUUGUUUGUGUGAACUUUUAAUUAUGCUGUUUUCAGUUUUAUAAAAUUCAGCAAAAUAUAUUCAUUAAGUGAAUAUUUUUUGGGGAAAGUUUGUAGCUUUCAACCAUUUUAUACUACCUUAUAUCUUGAAACAAAAACAAACCAUAAUCUGUUAAAUUUUCUUUAGGAAUUGUUUUUUAAGCUUUAGAUAAAAGAUACUGAAUUUAUAAAAUUGUAUUAUUAAAAAUUUGGUUAUAGAUUUGUUCGUUAUAAAAUUUAGAAACAGCAUCAGUUCAGGUCUAAAGACAAACAAUUUUAUUAAUGAAAUUGACCUUAUAUAAAUACAGAUAUGACUGAAAUAGCCUAGAAAUUAUACAUUAUUAGUGCUUUUAUUUCAAAUUCAUUUAUUGUGUGUUAAGAGGCGAUAAUAAUAUAUAUAUGCAU